GCAUGGUGUGUGCACACUCGCACUACUUUUAAGAAAAAAAAAUUUAACAAUUUUUUGUUUGCAUUGUUUUAUGUAUCAAAUUGAUCUAUAAUAUGACUGCGUCUAUAGAUUUGAGUUCAUAUCGUGAUCAGCACUUUAAGGGCUCACGUUCGGAGCAGGAGCGAUCGUUGCGCGACUCAACUACACUAUAUGUAGGAAACUUAUCGUUUUAUACAACUGAGGAGCAAAUACAUGAGCUCUUUUCGCGUUGUGGUGAUGUACGCAUCAUUGUGAUGGGCCUGGACAAAUACAAGAAGACCCCUUGUGGGUUCUGCUUUGUAGAAUAUUACACGCGAGCCGAAGCCGAAGCUGCCAUGAGAUUUGUGAAUGGCACGCGACUGGACGACCGACUGAUUCGUGUGGACUGGGAUGCAGGCUUUAUUGAGGGCCGCCAAUAUGGACGUGGCAAAACUGGCGGUCAAGUGCGAGAUGAAUAUAGAACAGACUACGAUGCGGGACGAGGCGGCUAUGGCAAACUCCUUUCCCAGAAGAUUGCACCCAAUACUGACAACCGCUAGAGAUAAGAUUAGAAGCUUAGCCCCAACUAGAUAUUAAACAAAAUAAUUCAUUA